GAAGGACCUCCGCCUCUGCCGCCGUUGUUCUGUGCUACCGUUUUUUUUGGAUCAUGUCGUCCUGGGAAGAAAUUCAGGCGGUGAAGGUGAAGCGGAACAGCUUGCGCGAGAAGCUGGAGAAGCGCAAGAAGGAGAGACAGGAUCUGCUGCUCGGUAACAGCAGCCCGGCUGGACCCGGCGGCGUAGUGAGCUUGAUCAAGCUGGAAUCGGGCGGCAGUUUGGGCGAUGACAAGGGUAACAAACUCCUUCUAGCUACAAUCAAACUGGACCAAGGAGCUAGUAGUACGGAUAUCGACGCCGAGGUGGAGAAAUGCCUAGUCAAGGUGCUGGCCGACCAGAGCCUAAUACUGCCAACAAACUCGACGCAGAUCACGGAACGGGUGGAAAGCAUGAUGCAAAAGACGGCACCCCUACGCGACUCCGUCGCCUACUACCUACACAAGAUGGCCAGCCAGAAUCUGAUCAACAUCAAGGAGGUCAGCAUAGGCGGUACGGUCGGGUACGAGGUGAUUUCGGCAGAGCACACUCGAAUACAGGCCCUGCACGAUGAUCUCGGUCUAAGCCACGUCCCGAUGGCUGUACUGGCGGAUCUUGGGGAAUCCGGUGGCAAGCGGAAAGCGAUGGCCGGCGAGGACGACGAGCUUUUGUUGAAAGGUAGUGGCGGUAGUAAGGUGGCACGCAGUGCCACAGGUCUCAAGGAUGAGGGUCAUAGGGGUAAGGGUGCUGGUGCUGCUGACUCCUCAUCCUCAUCGUCGUCUGCGUCGGCGGCGACAUCGGUUGCCUGCCAAGCUUCGGACAUUAUGUCGUUGCUAUCGUUACCUUCGACGCGCGAGAAGCAGCACAAGAAGGUAGGCGAGGAGAUCCUGGAGCUGCUAUCCAAACCGACCGCCAAAGAGCGCUCGCUGGCCGAAAAGUUCAAAUCGCAAGGUGGUGCCCAGGUGAUGGAGUUUUGUCCGCAUGGUACUCGCAUCGAGUGUAUGCGUUCGCUGGAUGCCGCAAAUGAGGCGGCUGCGGCAGCAGCUGCAUCAGCUGCCAAGGAACGAUCCGACAGCAACAACGAGAGUCGAGAUAGUGCUGAUGGCCGGACCGAUGGUGAGACCGGUACGAAACAGGAUAGCGACAGUCAAUCAGAACGAGAAAGAGGCUCGCGGAGUAAAAAUGGUGCCGAGCUUCAUAGAGGGACUGAUAUAGCGGAUGUUAAGAAGGAACCGACGACGGAUCCGGGAGACACGAUGUCAUCCAAUAGCAACAGCAACAGCAACAGCAGUGGUGCAGCGACAGAAUCGGACAGCAAACAGACAGUGGUCAACAAAUACCGCUGCAAUAAGCUGCACUUCAAGAAGAUCAUCCAGAACCACACGGACGAAACUCUUGGUGAUUGCAGCUUCCUAAACACGUGCUUCCACAUGGACACGUGCAAGUACGUGCACUACCAAGUGGAUACGUACCAGACGGUUGGCCAGACAGGUCCGGGCGGUGCACUGGCCGGUGCGCUCGCCAAGCCCGACGGCAAAACCAAGGCCAAGGUAAAACCCAAGGCCUUAGAUGAUGCCUUAGCCGGUGGUGCUGCUGGAGGUGGAACGGUAGGAGCGGGAGUCGGAGCCAAGCGAUCACCGAUCACAAACGAACCGUGCGCCACCCUCUACCCACCGCAGUGGAUCCAGUGCGAUCUGCGCUUUCUCGAUAUGACGGUGCUCGGAAAGUUUGCGGUCGUAAUGGCCGAUCCACCGUGGGACAUCCAUAUGGAGCUACCAUACGGUACGAUGUCGGAUGACGAGAUGCGCCAGCUGGGCGUACCGGCGCUGCAGGACGAUGGACUGAUCUUCCUAUGGGUCACGGGGCGUGCGAUGGAGCUCGGUCGCGAGUGCUUGAAGCUGUGGGGUUACGAGCGUGUCGAUGAGCUGAUCUGGGUAAAGACGAACCAACUACAGCGCAUCAUCCGAACCGGGCGCACCGGCCACUGGCUGAACCAUGGCAAGGAACACUGUCUGGUUGGGAUGAAGGGUAAUCCGCCCAACCUGAACCGAGGGCUCGACUGUGACGUGAUCGUGGCGGAGGUCCGUGCCACCAGCCACAAACCGGACGAAAUCUAUGGCAUCAUCGAGCGAUUAAGUCCGGGCACACGUAAGAUCGAACUAUUUGGUCGACCCCACAAUGUACAGCCCAAUUGGAUCACAUUGGGAAAUCAGCUCGAUGGCAUACAGAUAGUGGACCCGGAGUUGAUCAGCUCGUUUCGAAACCGCUAUCCGGAUGGUAAUUGCAUGACGCCUGGUAAGAAUCCUUAGACCGGUUUUGGGAAGGGGAAGAUACCCACGGUCUGCUACUCAAUUUUGACCUUUGACCACGGGGUGUAAAUGCCGAAGAAAAUGAUGAUAAUAUUAAUAAUAAUAAUAAUAAUAGUAAUAAUAUAAAUAGUAAUAGUAAUAAUAACAAUAAAAAAGGAACG